AUGGGAGAACCGGCCAAAGAGUUGAUCAAGAACAAACAGGCCUCCAGUUGGGAUUCAUUGAGGGCUUGCAGAAUCAGUGACGGUUCUGCUGGUGGCAGAGGCGCUCGGGCGGGAGGAGAGCAGGAUGACUUGCUUCUCGUGUUGCAAGGUGGACGAGGAGCCGGAAGAAUCUGUGAGGAAGGCCAGAAUAAGAAGAUUUUGGAAAAAAGAAACUGGAAAUAUGAUGUAUUACAUAGGCUAUGUGAUCAAUGUGCAGGUAGCAACGAAUGCAGGAAUUUACAGAAGGAGAUACUCAAGACGGGACACGCGAAAAAAGUUGCUCAGCUUUUUACGUACGAGGAACUAGCUGCUGCAACUGAUAACUUCAAUCCUGAUUCUCUGCUGGGAGAAGGUGGAUUUGGGAAGGUGUACAGAGGUUACUUGGACAGCAUUAACCAAAUUGUGGCAGUGAAGAAACUUGACAGGAAGGGAUUGCAAGGGAGCAGAGAGUUUUGUUCUGAAGUUAUCAUGUUGAGUUUGGUUCAACACGCGAACCUCGUCGAUCUUAUUGGCUAUUGUGCAGAAGGAGACCAGAGAAUGUUAGUGUAUGAAUUCAUGGUCAAUGGAUCUUUGGAGAAUCACCUUCUAGAUGUAUAUUCGAAUAUGGAGCCUCUUGAUUGGUAUACGAGGAUGAAAAUAGCUGAAGGAGCAGCUAAAGGGCUCGAGUACCUUCAUGAGACUGCCAGUCCGCCAGUGAUUUACCGUGACUUCAAAGCUUCAAACAUUAUACUAGACGAAAAAUUCUGUCCUAAGCUUUCUGAUUUUGGACUUGCUAAGUUAGGUCCAACCGGAGACAAGGACCAUGUGACUACUAGAGUGAUGGGGACUUAUGGCUAUUGUGCACCAGAGUAUGCUUCAACAGGACAGCUGACAACUAGGUCUGAUGUCUACAGCUUUGGCGUUGUGCUUCUCGAGUUGAUCACAGGACGGAGAGCUAUUGAUGAGCGCAGACCGGUUGGACAGCAGAUCCUAGUCAGUUGGGUAUGUGAACAUUCAUCAAGUAGCAAAAGCCUUUACCAAGUUACUUGUUACUGUCUCUUUAUCGAAUCAUAUAAGCAGUCUGCUCUAUGUAGGACGUCCUGUCUUUUUAAAAAAGAAGGGACGCAUUAAAGAAAUUUGAGAUGACGUUAUGUUUUCUUAACAUGUAGUGUCUUUAAGAAAGACAAGACGCCAUGCACAGAGAAUUUCUCGUCAUAUAAGACGACACGUUCCUUGCACCCUUAAUACCAAUCCUAUUUUCUAUCAUGCAGGCAAAGCCAAUGCUUAAGGACAGAAAGAGAUACGCGUCGAUGGCUGACCCGUUGCUUCGAGGCAGAUUUCCGGCAAAGGGUCUGAACCAAGCUGUUGCAAUUGCUGCAAUGUGUCUGAAUGAGGAAGCUGAUUGCCGGCCUUCGAUGGGUGACGUUGUGACCGCUCUCGGGCACCUAUCGUUGCAAGAAUACGAUGGAGAAGGUGCCAAGGGUGCAUCGAGAAACAGAGGCCGGCACGUUGAGUCAAUAAGAAGAGCAAGGGAAGACAAAGAGCUAUAGCAAUUAGGACCAAGGUGCAAGCUGAAGAAUGUGCUUUGCACCUCAUCCAAAGGAAUUAGAGGAUUGAAAUAA